GAUUAAACCGUGGGAAAAAGCGAUGUGACAAAAAACUGAAUCAGUGACAUGCCUCGGAGAAAGUGUCGGUGGGUGCUGUUUUUGGGGCUGCUCUGGGCUGUGCUACUGAUAAUGUACAUGUACCGGACGCCUGGGGAUAAGGUAGGUGACAGUGAGUCUGCAAAUCAUUAUGAGAAUGGAAUACAGCAGGUCAUUGUUCCACAACCAGAUGACGAUCAGGAGAUCCCAAAACGAGUCCCAAAGCAGUCACAGCAUCGACAGGAAGUGAGAGAACAGGUUGUGAAGGAGAUGGAGGUAGAUGAGGAAGCCGGGGAUAUUCCCUGGGAGGAGUUUGAUGAGAAAAAAUACAUCGACAAAAAACGCUGCAGCGCAGGUCAGGACUGCUACAACAGAAACAAGUUCAACCAGCUAGCCAGCGACAACACCAAGAGUAACCGACAUGUACCGGACACAAGGAAUGCUAUGUGUAGAGAAGAGAGGCACAGCUCUGACCUUGACCCCACCAGUGUCAUCAUUACAUUCCAUAAUGAGGCCAGGUCAACUUUACUACGCACCAUUGUCAGUGUAUUUUCUAGAAGUCCAAAACAUUUGAUAAGGGAGAUAAUCCUGGUGGAUGAUUUCAGUGACGAUGCCUCUGAUGGGGAGGAACUAGCCAAAAUAAAGAAAGUGAAGAUCCUCCGAAAUAACAAGAGAGAGGGUCUAAUGAGAUCCCGAGUCAAGGGGGCGGAUGUGGCUAAGGCCCCCAUUCUGACCUUCUUAGACAGCCACUGUGAGUGUAACGUUGGGUGGUUAGAACCCCUGCUGGACAGAAUAAAAGAAGACAGAACUCGAGUUGUGAGUCCCAUCAUAGAUGUGAUAAACAUGGACAACUUUGAGUACAUUGGAGCCUCAGCUGAUCUCAAAGGGGGAUUUGAUUGGAACCUGGUUUUUAAGUGGGAUUACAUGACUCCAGAGGAAAGAAACAAACGAGCAGGAAAUCCAAUUCAACCAAUCAGGACUCCCAUGAUUGCUGGUGGUUUGUUCAGUAUCGAGAAAAAGUGGUUUGAAGAACUUGGAAAGUAUGACAAGAACAUGGAUGUAUGGGGUGGAGAAAAUCUAGAAAUCUCAUUCAGAGUUUGGCAGUGUCACGGAUCUCUAGAAAUCAUUCCCUGUAGUCGAGUGGGUCAUGUCUUUAGGAAACAGCACCCCUACACAUUUCCCGGGGGUAGUGGAAAUGUUUUUGCACGCAACACCAGGAGAGCUGCUGAGGUCUGGAUGGACAAUUAUAAGGAGUUCUAUUAUGCUGCUGUACCGUCCGCUAAAAUGGUCAACUUCGGAGAUAUCUCAGAGCGAGUUGAGCUGAGGAAAAAAUUGAGUUGCAAACCCUUUAAAUGGUUCCUAGAAAAUGUUUACCCAGAACUCAAGGUGCCUGGCCACCAGGAUCAGGCCUUUGGCAGCAUUCAACAAGACAACAACUGUAUGGAUACACUGGGUAACUUUGCUGAUGGGAACUUGGGGAUAUUUCCUUGUCACUUUGCUGGUGGAAAUCAGGUCAAUGAAAAUCAGGAGUUUUCUCUGACAAAGGAGGGCUUUAUACGGCACCUUGACCUUUGUGUGACCUUGACUGGCAGUAUGCCAGGGACUGUUGUCAAACUGUUCCAAUGUCAGGAGGGCAAUACUCUGCAGAUCUGGGAGAGAAUCAACAGUGAUACCAUGUUAAAAAAUCAUAAUUAUGACCUGUGUAUAGAUAGUCAGGAGGUCCAGAUGAAGGGACUGAUUGUGAACGCUUGUCAGCCGGGGUCAACAUCACAAAAGUGGAGCUUUGCCAUCAGCAAAGGGGGAUAACUCUCCCCAACCAAAGGGCAUUAACUCCUCAGUUCUAUCAACAAAGAGGAAUAACUCUAGUCAUCCAUCUCUUCACUACAACUGACAAUCAAAGAUUGUGAAAAAGAAAACCAUUAAUUUAUGGUUUUUAUUUAUUUUACACCUUCAUUUGUUAUAAAAGAUUGGUAUGUUUAAUUAGAGUGAUUAGGUCUUUCUGAUUUUGAAUUGUUGAAGAAGUUGUUUACAUAUUUUGAUUUUUUUGUGUUCUUAAGAUAAUUUAUGACAUUUUAAGAUAUGUUUAAGGUUGAAUGUGGUUUGACUUUAAGUCAGCUCAUGUGUGAUUAAAUUGUGUUUAUAAUCAAUUAUCAUUCCAGUUUAAUUGCUAUAGGUUGUAAAGUGUUUGUUUCUUAUGCAUGCUUACAUUUAUAUUGACAAUGCAUGACAUUAUAUUGAAUGUUUAUGUGAUACAUGUAUAUCUUUAUACAGCAUACAGCUUUAUCAUCAUCAUACCAAUAUCUGAUCUAUUUAGAGAUCAAAACCAUUAGUAUAUAAAAGUCAUUGAAUUCCAUUUUUUCUGCAAAUGCGUAUUGGGUUUAAUUAAACAUCUGAUCUUGUAGAGCUAUUUUUAGUAUUCAUAGACCUUCAUUAAUUUUUUUGCAUGCUUUAAAUCAUUCUUCCAAGUAAGUAAUCACAUAAUUGAUUUGUUGGAAUUUUACACAAAUUUUGAAACCACAAGUCUUGGAAUUCAGAGGUUUUUCUUCAAUGCAAAUAGUUAAUGUAUUGAUAUUCUUUGUCCAAUUAAAUGUACUUAAUAAGUUCUUUGUUUCUGGAACAAUUUGUAAUUAAUCCUAAUGACACCAUUGAUCAUAUAUAAUUAAAUUGAAUCAUUUUUAAACGCAUCAACACUUUUCAGGCAUACAGUAUAUAUUGCAGCAAGCAAUUAUUCACAAAACAUAUCUAGAUCAACUAAAACAAAAUAUUGAGACUCUUUUUGGCAAUGCGUGAAAUGAAUUUUCAAAUGAUUGUGGAAUUGUUUUUUGCCAAUUUCUACUUGCCAAGGAAUAUUAUAUAUUUUAUAAAAUAAAGUCAAUGGCAAAGUUUGUAAGUAUUUUUUGCAUAAUCAUGCAUUUUUAUAUUGCAUGGAGAUAUGGGGAUUGUUGAAUCAGAGGGAGUGCUUUAAUUACUGUGUGAUAGUUUUAAUUACACCGCCCCAACACCUACACUAGUGUGCCAAAGUCUACAUCAAAAUAACUGCUUUGUUUUGAACAGAGGAAAUUCAAACCAAAAUUGUUAUAUUUCCUUGAGGAGCUCUCCUGUGCUCCAUUACAUAAUUAUGUAUUAGUGUCCUGGAUUCAGUCCACAUCUCUCGACUACCCACCAGUCUUCCACAUUUGUUUUCUCACUGAGUCAAGGAGUCAAGUGUCUGCUUUAAUCUCUAGUAAUUUACAUAGUACAUCAAAAUAUCUGGUUCUGUCAAUGAUUUUAUAAAGUAUGAAAUAGAAAAGAAAAAUUAAAGGCUUUUGUUUAUAUUAAUUUCUUUUAAGACGAUUUUCCCAGAUUUUUUCUUUAGGUAUAUGGAAUUUUAGAAAAAGUUCAAUGUAAGUUUGAUUCACAAAUGCAUUCAAGAUUUAUUUUUAAGUUUUGUUUACAAGGAUUACUUAAAUACAUUAGUUAAUGGGUAUUUAUAAUAGGAAAGGCCUUACUUAGUUAAUUGAAAUGGCUUUACUUUUUCUAUAUUACUUACAGGUUUCACCAAGGAUAAAGAAAGACAGGAGUUGGUUUAUUAGUUUCUUCUUGUGUACAAGUUGAAAGUUAUCCCAUGGUUAAAUUUUCGUUUUCCUGAAAUGUGCCCAGUUUAAUUUCGAAGCUUAUUAAUUUGAUACUUGCAACUGUGUUAUUUUAAGUAUGCAAUGGUGUUACAACCAAACUGCUUCAGUCAUUUUAUGAGCUUCCAUUCAUGUAAGUUUGUGUAGUUUAUAUUUAGUUUUUAAAUUUUCAUCUUUGUUAGUUGUUAUAUAAUGUGAUUUUAUGUGAUAAUUUUCAAUUUGCAAUUGUUUAGUAAUUAUACUUUAAAGAGAUGUUUUUGAGAUUUUUGAAUAUGUUUCAAAAAAGUGCACAGGUAUUUGUAAAUAAAUUGGUGGAUAUACCUAGGGCUGGACAAUAUAUCCAAAUACUGAAUCUGUGUAAGGAUGGUAUGCGUUUUAGUAUCCUAACCAUAAUCCGGCCUAAAGCUAACAUAUAUCCCAGCCCUAGAUAUACCUAAAAAUUCUCCUUACUUGUCUCUAAUUUCAUUUUGGUUCAUCACUGGAUAGUCAUGCAUGUAUUUAUUGAUUAUUAUUUGUUUUUUUAAAGAGAAUUUUCAUUUUUAUUGAAAAAAAAAAACAUAACAUAUACAUUAGUUUGCGGAAAUGAAUUUUUCAGAAAAGUGUAUUAACAUGGCAUAGAUUUUCUUAUUUCAUUAAUUGUUAAUUUAUACAUCAAAUGUUGGGUCAUACAUAUAAAAAAACAUGGCUUUAUCUGAAAUAUAAAUAAUGAAUUACUUGUACAAUGAUCUCUACGAUUAAGAUACAAUCUUAUGUAGCAGUUGGUAAUGGCUUCCCAUUUCUUAGAUAUGGAAAACAGUUUACUGUUAAUAAUAAAGCUCGGCUUUCAA